GCACGUCUCACGUCUCACGCGGCGCUUUCAAAUUGUUUGCUUCAGCAUAAACAGCCUGUCGGUCUAAUUUCAUGCGCCAAACUGUGUCACUGUAACCGCGAGCGUCAUCUUUAUUCCAGGGUUACACCGCUUCUCAAAUGCUCUGACUUGAAGAGUGAUGAACAAAAAGAGCUACAAUGGAAGAGGAGGCACUGAUGAACUUUAAAGCUCUGAGGGCCAAGUUUCAGGAAGAGGCCCUGUUGGCUCAGUCGAAAACCAGCCGACCAGCUGUUGCAGAGAAGCCCAGACACCUCCCCCCCCCUGGCGGUCACUGCAGCUCUGUGGUCAGCAAUAUUAAUAUUGCUGUUGAAAACAAGACACCAGUUCCUCGGGUCAUCUUCAGAGAUGGGCUGCGGUCUUCUGGAGGCAAGCGGCCAAUUUCCUUCCCACCACAGCCUCAGACCUCCCCCCCAUCCCAGUCUGCUAAUGGAGACAACACAACAAGGCAGUCCCUCAAAGACCGACAUAUGCCUCUGGUGCUUCCUGCCCUGCCUGUAAACGAGCAAAAGGCUGAACCGCCGGCCAAAAAGGAGAACAAACUAGACCCAGAGUCAGGAAAAGAUGUCCUGCCACAUACUAAACUGAAGAAGAAAGGAUUGCUGCUUCCUUUCAAGUCAGCCAAAGCAUCAAAAGUCAGUGCAGAAAAUGGAGAGGAGCCUACGUAUGCUGAUUUGACCACCAGACCUGCGAGUGCUCCCGGCGAGUUGCCCUCUUUGGAAAAGCAAACCGCAGAAGACAGGAUUUCUCUGCAAAGUGACCAAUCAGCCACAGAAUUCCUCUUCUCCAGCCCAGAUAUUCCAAUCACCCCUCCUUCUGCAGAGACAAGUGUUGAUUCAGACAACAAAAUCAUUAGCACCUUGGAGAGGGCCAAGAAGAAGUUUUCACGCAGGCACAUGUUGAUCUCGGCAAAACCUAAAAGCCUGCGUUCCCCUGAUGAUGACUCAAGAAAUAAAAUGUUCCCCUCGCCGCCAAAACUCACUCAAAGUGCUGAGCCUGUGCUGUCCUUACCCUCAGCAGGAUGUCUCCCACACCUGGCUUGUAUUUCAGCCCGGCCUUUCUUCAAAGCCAAGAACUCUGCACGUAAGUCUCCAUUCAAUCAGCAGUUUGGGAGGAACAAAGCUGAACUGCCCUUGGCCGGGACUUCUGAACCUCAUCCACCCUCUUCUCCUCUCAAGAAGCCCCUGCCUGACUUGUGGUCACUGGGGUCAGCUCCACUUAAGCCCCCCAGACCUCCACUAGUAGAUCUGAGCGAUUACCUUGUAUCCCCGGUUAAUGAGGUGUCACCAGAUCUUUUCCAAGAACCGAGCGAUGAGCCAGAGUCUAUCCCCAACCCCAACCCCAACCCUGUGCUUGACGCUCCAGAGUUUCCAGACUUUGAGAAUUCAGAGAUGGACACAGCAGAGGAGGACGCUGUUGACCUUGGUGCCCUGGAGCUGGAGGCCCUAGACUUCGCCAGCACUGAACUUCCUGUGCCAGAUGAUUGCAGGGUCUCGGAUUUAGAAGAUACACAACCUGACUCGUCAGAGUGCAAUCCCAUAGAGCCCCUUAUAUGCAACACCUUCCAAGAUCUGAACCUUGGCAAUGAGAACAUAAUACCUCUUGAUCCAGCUACUUUCUCUGAACCAAUAAACCUUUCAGAGUUCCCAGAGCCUGCUGCACUAGAGCAGUGGUCCCAGAGUGAGGAGCUGAGCAUGGACCCCCUAUCUGCCUCCCAAGCUGAUGAAGCUGAUGUUGGAGGUGCGGAGUGUCACUCUUCAGCACAAGACACAAACAGUAGUAAUCACUCCGUAUUAAAUGAAGGGACUGUACCACAUCCAAGUGCAAAUCCCCAGGACAGUUACUAUGAGGCGUGUGACAAUGUCUAUGAGGAUGUUGAGAACCUCAACAAAUUCAUCUUGGCCCAGAAUCUGCGCAAAGGAAAAGGGAGUCUAAAGAAUCCAUAUGCGGAGAACCUCCCUAUGAAGGAGGAGGCGUGUCUUCACAUUUGGCCAAGGAAUCCCUGGACUGCGCUUGCUGGAGAACAUGCUCAUUCAGCUCACAACCAUGUCCUCAGAAAAGAACCUCAGAGCCCCAACACUACAGAACUUAAAGAACAGAAGAAGAGGGAGAAGCAGCGGCAGGAGAAGGAGAAAAAGGAGCAAAAAGAAAGGGAGAAGAAGGAAAAUGAGAUGAGAAAGAAGUUCAAAGUGACUGGUGAAGAGGAGCCCAUGUACCAAGCUAAAGUGAUCUUGGCGAGCAAGGUUCGUAAGAAUGACCUGCCUGUGAAGACUGGGGACAUGGUCAGCAUCAUACGCACGACCAACUGCCCCAAAGGCAAAUGGUUGGCUCGAGACGCAAACCACAAGUAUGGUUAUAUUUCAGUCAUGAAUGUGGAGCUAAAUAUCAAAGAGAUGCUUGAAAUCGGAAAGAAAGCCCAAGCUGCCGGACGAGGAGGCAACCACGAGGGAGAUACCAUCAGCAUCGGAAGCAGAUCUUCCAGCCACCCUGUCCUAACAAGCAGUUGUAAGUUGCUGCUGCUUGUGUACAACGUCAUCAAGCUCUGUAGUGAGCUGGUCACAGAUGACAGUGAGGAGUGGGCCUGUGAAGAUGAGACCCUCUCACCUACCAAUGUAAACUACUUUCCCCAGCAGACUGCCUCAUUGCCUGAUAUGUCGUGCGGCCAUGUCAGCGCCCAGCACACUCUGAGUGAUGCCAACCUGGAGGACCUACACACACAGACGAGACAUGAGGCUUUGCAGAAACUGGCUAUCUUCUUCCAACAUGGCAAAGACGACUUUGAUGAUAUCGCUGAUAAUGAGGGAGCGACUCCAACAAAUGCUGAGCCACAGGACUUCUUGUGUGCCGUUGAGGAGCCUCCGUAUCCCGAACAGGAAGUUGACUUCACAGAGCUCGAACUCCUUCCUCCCCCGCCACUGUAUGCCGACACCUUCUGAUCACCAGAUUUACUAAAGCAGGUAACUGAAGGAAACCAUCAUUAAGAGAACUCCUGAUGUGACUGUUUUUUCUUUGUGCAUAUUUUUUUUAUUUUUCACAUUGUUUUUCUUCACCUUGUUCCUAUGUUAUUACUGUGAGUAGAGCACAAAUUGAAAUGUUGCACUUAAUCUAAAAUAAAUGACAAUGACAAAGCA